CUUGGAUCCGCCCAUGCUUUGCCCCAAAGUGAAUUCAGCAACAACAUAAUAUGCUUUGGAUCUCUUCAACGUGGAUCGAUAAUACAACAGAACAAGAGGCUGAAAAAAGGUUUCUUGCUAAACAAGAAGAACGUAGACAAAAACAGAAUUUACUGGCCACUGUCCAAGCUCGUUUAAAGUCUGUCACUGCAGACCUUGACAAGACGACCAAGUCUCAAGACCGGUAUCUGGAUUUGGUGAAAGUGGAACACUCCAUCAUCCGCGAGGAGCAUCAGCUGCUCGAAGACAUCCGCAAUAUUGAAAACCAGGAGCGCGAAUAUUUCUCAUUUCUGAGUGCGGCAGUGCGCGAGAGCCAUGAGAAAGAGAGGACCCACGCAGAGCGGACCAAGUACUGGUCUGUGAUUGGCUCCAUCGUAGGAGCCGCCAUCGGCAUCACUGGCACCACCAUCAACAACUACGUGAGAAUGAAAGAGCUGCGAGGCAUCGUUGACACAUCUGCAUCGACCAGCAAAGAGAUGAAGAGUCUGACACUGGAGCUGUGCACGGCCGUCAAGAGUCAGUUUAGCAAGAUGGAAAUCUUUCUCAAUGAUCUCAGACUGUCAAUUAGUCAGCAGUCUGCAUCACCAAAAGAAAAGAUUCGGCUGCCACCAUCAGAUUUUGUCAGUGGCAGAGAUCUGCAUUUGCAGACGGAGAAGAUCCUCGAAGGCAUCCACAAACAGGAGGCGUUCCUGGAUGAAGAAAUACGGGACAUCAAGAAGUUGUUGGGUCUGCAGAAGGCCCAGAAGUCUGAGGUCAACGUUGUGUAUGUGGGGCCCGAUAUGCAGGAUAUGCUGCAGAAGACGGAGGAUAACCUGGAGUGGAAAAUCAAAAUGAAUGCUCUGGCAUCUGCUACUCUCGUCUACGGAGCCCUGGCUUUGACUAUUCCUUUAAUCAUGUCUUUCUUCAGUAAAGGUGGAUCGUGAGAUAAUAUCAUACAUUCUAGGAUGUGUUGAACACAUAUCACACCAAGAUUUCCAAAAGAUUCCGUGAUCAAUGGUGCCCGUUGAUUGUUGCCUUCCCCAUCAUGAGUAAAGUGCCAAUGGGAAAAGCCAGUGUGGAGAGGAUACAGAUUGGAUUCAUCCUGCUGUGGUUGUUAUUAUGUUGCUUACUGUUGACACUAGUCUAAUGUUUUCACUAUAGUAUUUAUCAUGAGAUGUGAAUGGUUGCCAGUAGACCAACUAGUUUUAGAUAAAUGCGAAAGACUUCCACCUAAAUUUGAUUACAGCUGCAAUGUUAUUUACAUUUUGUCUUGUCAAGGAUGUUUGUCAUGUAGCCCGACAUGUUUGUGUAUUAUUGGCCCUUGUUUUUACUUUUGAUACACAUAAUACAGUGUACUUAUAAAUAUAAUUCAGAAUUGAAAAAUGGGCAGGGCCCAAAAUUCACCAAAUUAAAAUUAAUAGUAUGUACAAAACCUUAGGACAAGUAUUACGGUAACAAGAGUACUGGUGAGGUAUAUGAUAUGCCCGUACAUUUAAUAAAUGUGUUUUAUGUAUGACUGGAUUAUUAUGUGAAAUUUGUGCAAUGGGAUGAAUUAACAGUUUGUUUUGGACUAACUACUGCACCUAUUGGAGGAACUUUUGUUUGACUAAUAAAGGGAAGUGUUGUAACAUG